UCAAGUGCGUUUUCAUAAUCCUCGUUGCCAUCGUUGUAGGGCUUAGGCUGUAUGCCAGAACCUAGGUCAAGAGGUGGUUUGAAUCGGACGAUGCCUUUAUUGUCCUUGCACUGCUCUCCACGAUCGGUUUUAUCAUAUGCGUAUUGCUCGCGAAUCAAGAAUACGGCUGGGAUCGCCACGUUUAUGAUAUUCCAUUCACAAAGCUGGUGACAACCUCGAAAAUCGCAAUGGCUGCCAAAAUCAUCUUUACAGCUGUGGCUACGUUCACGCGAUUAUCUGUCCUCUGCUUUUACUACCGACUCGUCCAAGAUUCUGACAAGCGCGUUUUCCGUUGGGCAGUACACGCCAAUGUUAUCUAUUCCGUAGCCAUAUUCAUAUUCAUCUUCCUUUCCAUCUUCCAAUGCAUUCCGGUGCGAAAUUAUUGGACGUUUGGAGCACCCGAGGGCUCUUGCUUCAAUGAAGGUACGGUCACUUUGGUAUCGGGAAUAAUCAACUGCAUCGCGGACUUUCUUCGCACUGUGACUCCAAUACCCAUGGUCGCCAAGCGCAUAGCCGUUGUCAUACUGUUCAGUCUCGGAUUUAUAGUCACCAUCGCCGGAAUAGUACGCACGUGGUAUAUCUACAAGAGCUUGGUGCUGGAAUAUGACCAGACUUGGUAUGCAUAUCCUCUGUGGAUAGCAGCUGCUAUCGAGAUUGACUUGGGGUGGUAUGUGCUUACCUUUGCUUGUUCACUUGCGCUUUCCGGACGCUGA